AUGGUGGAUAGUUUUAUCCAAUCGAGGUGGUCGUUGAUUCAACUUCGACCCGUUCAUGGGUUUUCAAGGGUUCGUCCUUCAUGUGGGGAGCAUAGGCAGGAGGAGGAAUUGUGGUCUAAGCCGGAGCAAGGGUGGAUUAAGAUAAAUUUUGAUGGGGCAUCUAGGGGUAACCCGGGUAUUUUUGGGGUGGGAUGCGUUGCUCAUAAUAAAAACGAGGUGAUCCUCUUUAAGGGAGCGAAGAGACUACAAGAUGAGACUAAUAAUGACGCAGAGGUGCAGGCUACAUUAUUAGCAAUUGAAUUGGUCGUUAACAUGAAGGCCCUGAAGGUGCACUUGGAAGGAGAUUAUAAGAUAUCUCACAUUGUGAGGGGUGGAAAUGCUUUAGUGGAUGCCUUAUCAAACAUGGCAUGUGAACUGGACAAAGGAGUGAUGAGGUGGUGGGAUAAAGAUGAUGCCACAACACAAUGGCAUGUUUGA